AUGACUCCAUUGUUUGCCCUCCUCUUGCCUCUCCUCCUCCUGCCCCUCGUCAGUGCCCAGGUUCCCCACUGGGGGCCUUGUCCGGAACCAGCCGUCCAGCCCGCCUUCAGCAUGAAAAAGUUCGUGGGUAGAUGGUUUGAAAUCGCCAAACUGCCUGCCCAGUUUGAGAAGGGGAAGUGCAUCGAGACCAACUUCUCCAUGAAGGCUGAUCAGACCAUUAGAGUGGUCAGCUCUGAAAUAUUAAAGGGAGAGCUAAGGACUAUCGAGGGGACAGGAGUCACAGAGGACUUGAAGAACCCAGCCAAGUUAGGCAUCAGCUACUCUUACGUCCUGCCCUACUCUCCUUACUGGAUCAUCUCCACUGACUAUGAGAACUCAGCGCUGAUCUAUUCCUGCACCGAUGUCCUGCGUCUGUUCCACAUGGACUUUGCCUGGAUCCUGGGCCGCACACGGACCCUCCCCGCCGCCACCGUCGACAAAGCCAGGGAGAUCUUCACAAGCAGCAACAUUGAUGUUAGUCGGAUGGUUGCCAGCAGGCAGCAGGGCUGUGAUUAG